CUAAUCUCUUCAGAUUUAAGCAAGGUCCGGGAUCUCGUCUCUUCUGCAAAAACUGACGUGUUUGGAUCCAGCUCGUUUUUUCCCACUCCACAGCGUCUGCCAAAUGGGGGACAACGCCAACUCGAAUGAAUCCAGCUCGCCCUCUCUGCAUCUGGCAAGAUCUCCUCCCCAGCCCUCGCCAAUUCGGCUCUCCAAAUUCGCAUCUCAAAAGAUGAGGAUCCUAGUCACUGGCGGCGCGGGCUUCAUUGGAUCUCACCUGGUUGAUCGCCUCAUGGAAGCUGGUACCAAUGAGGUGAUUGUCGCUGACAACUUCUUCUCUGGGACGAAAGACAACCUCAGGCGCUGGAUCGGCCAUCCAGACUUUGAGCUUCUGCGCCAUGACGUCACGGAGCCUUUGCUUGUGGAAGUUGACCAGAUUUACCAUCUGGCAUGUCCCGCUUCUCCCAUCUUCUACAAGUACAAUCCCGUGAAAACCAUCAAAACGAAUGUGAUGGGCACACUAAAUAUGCUGGGCCUUGCCAAGCGUGUUGGAGCCAGGAUUUUACUCACGUCAACCUCCGAAGUUUAUGGGGAUCCACUGGAGCAUCCACAAAAGGAGGAAUACUGGGGCAAUGUGAAUCCCAUAGGUGUUAGGAGCUGCUACGACGAGGGAAAACGCGUGGCCGAAACGUUGAUGUUUGACUAUCACAGGCAGCACGGGAUUGAGAUAAGGAUCGCUCGCAUUUUCAACACUUACGGCCCCCGGAUGAAUAUCGACGAUGGACGGGUCGUUAGCAACUUCAUUGCCCAAGCUCUAAGGGGGGAAACAAUGACCGUCCAAGCUCCUGGUAGCCAAACACGCAGCUUUUGCUAUGUUUCGGAUCUGGUUGACGGCCUCAUCAAACUGAUGGCUUGCGAUGACACUGGUCCCAUCAACCUCGGAAAUCCAGGCGAGUUCACCAUUCUAGAGCUGGCAGAAGCCGUGCGAGAGCUGGUGGAUUCAUCUGCUAAGUGGAAGGUUGUUGACAACACUCCAGAUGACCCUCGAAAGCGCAAGCCAGACAUUACGAAAGCAAAAUCCAUAUUGAAGUGGGAGCCCAAGGUUGCACUUCGAGACGGAUUGCCGUUGAUGGUUGAGGACUUUCGAAGCAGGCUGGGCAUACACAAAUAGGAAGGCUACUACUCAAGUUUUCUUCCCAGGCUUAUUCUUUUUACUGGAUGUGGGAACUUCAAGGCCCUUCUGUUUGGCCUUCCUUGCGAGAACUGCAGGCCUUUUCUUC